AUGUUGCAAAAAAAGCAUAAAAGACAACAGCGAUACCGCCGUGGAGGUACACUUUUGAAAAAGGCAUAUGAGCUCAGUAUUAUGGCCGAUGCCGACGUUUUCCUUGGGAUCAAAUUUCGUGAUACUGGUCGCAUCAAGACAUUUUGUGCGGAUACAACUGUGAUUUGGUCAUCACAUCUAUCGCAUUUGGACUCUUAUUAUCCAAUACCAGAACACAAAACACCGAAUGAUUUCUCCGGGUGCACUCUCGAAAAGAAAAUGGAGGAGAAAGCAGCAUGA